AUGCACGAGACCUGUCAGCCAGCAUGGUGUGAAGCUUUGAAAUGGGUUAUUUCGUGGCAGAAAGCGGAACGACGAGCGACUGACAGCGUUGCCAAGCCGCUGGCCAAGGGACGUGAUGGGCAUUGGUACCCGACUUGGACGCCCUCCCCAGCUGGUGGUGAUCUGCACAGCCAUGAGCUGGAGCUGUGCUACUUGAACACUCAAAUGGCGAACUCGACGGACAACUACCAAAAUGUUCCAGCCAUCGGUGGUUCUGUUCCAGCUGAAAAGGCAGCUAAGAUCCCUCCCCUCCUCAGGGCCCCUCAGGGACAAGGGUGCAAGGGGCAAAUGGCGGCCAACACGAGUCGUGACGGGCGAGAGAGCAGCAGCAGCAACAACAACAUCACCAGCAUCAUCGGCAUCAUCGGCAUCACCAGCCACAAUGCUCGAGAUACAAAUACACCAAAGACCCAAAGACCCCCAAGACGCUCAAUCGAUGGAGCACGACAGCCUGCAGAAACGGCCGCUUGUGCCCCCCCCCCCCCCCCCCCCCCCCUCCCCUUCCCAAGUCCCCUACCCGACCUGCAUGCCGGACCCCCCAUCACGGAAACGGCUCGCCCGUACCGUCGGGUCUCCCUUCACCCCCUUUGA